AUGAGAAGGAAAACAAUAGCAAAGCGCAUUUUCGACCUCGAAUAUGAAGAAGAGGAGGAGGAAGACCCUAAAUAUGAAGACUUUGGCAUCACGACAUCGCACAGCCAGCCUCCAUGUGUACUAGUGUCAGACAACCCCAGUGUCGAACGCAUCGAGGAUGGCGACUUCAUGGCAGAGGGUCUUGGAGGCCUACAGUCACGCUCAAAGGCUGACCUGGUUGCCAUGGUGCUGAGCAUGCAGCGAGAGAUGGACAACCUGAGGGAGCAAAUCAGAUGCCUCACAGCGUGUGGAAAGUUGGCGCGUAACCUGGAGGCCCUGAUCGAGAGGACGGAGGUGUGGUCGAGCAGCACGGACCGGAGAACUACAUCUCCCAGCAUGCCUGAGAUCCUGGUGAGGAGUGGUGCCAUGACAACGUCGGCCCUGCUGGCCUCUCCAGGGGUGCUGAACGGGUGCUGGGCGGGCAAACUAGAGCCCCCCCACCCCCACCAGAAUGGAUACCCUCCGGGGUCUCAUGAGGGGGGUUCCCAGAUCAACGGACUACCCCUCUAUCAGGAGUUCAUCACUGCGGAGCUGCUUGACCGCUGUAACACGGGGACCACUGCCCAGAAGCUGACCAAUGACCUGCUCCGGGGCCUCUAUGAGAGGGACUGCCUGGCCUCUCACUCCAUCUCCGGCAUCGUCAACAACAAGAGGGGCCAACCCAAGCCUGCCCUGCCUGCAGACGAGAUCCAGGCAAUACUGAGGGCGGUGCAGCACUACUUCCCAGGGAAGACGGACUCGGAGAUCAAGGGCUACAUCCGCCAGAAGCUGCAGAACGAAGCCAAGCGGCUCCGCAAGAAGCCUCAUCUGGCCGUGAAGGUGGAGCCAGAGGCCGGGGCGGAGAGUACUUUCUACAUCUAAGGGGUGUGGCCCCACCGAGCCCCACCCCCUGUUCCACCCAGGGAGUGAAGUGGCCCGCCCCUGUCCAGGUUAAAGUGCAAUUAUGGGAGAGAGACUCACAUAAUAACUGCUGUGAGAGGGAACCAAAAUGGAGCAGCCUUAUCAACACCAGUCUAGUCUAUCUGUUUGUCUGUCCAUUCCCAGCCAUGUCUAUGGUCUGGGAGAGGAAUAGGCUAGUGAGGGAGGAGUCUAUUUGUCUGACAACGUGAUCAUUCCAGGGGAAGUGUUAUUGACUCCAGUCUGAUCGAGACUAGUUACUGCUCAGGUGAAGUUAGAUGAUACUUUAGCUUAUUCUUCCUCUGCCCUCUGGCAUCGUUCUCAAGCCUCAGCUAGCCAGCCAGCAGUAGUAGGCCUAGUAGAUGGCAAGUGAUUUGUAUCCAAGUUUAGUACUCUUGUUUCUUUGAAGGAGGUAGCAGUCAGUCCUGAACAACAUGGCCGACAGCGAAGCUGCGCUGCACUCUGUGUCACUUCAGUUUGAUUUACAGUAUUGCCAUUGACCUCGUGAAAUGAACCUAGCCUUAGUAUUG